ACUAUCAUCACUCAUGUGGACUUUCGUUUCUCAGCUGUUUAUUGUUUAUCUUUUUUUUUGUUAAACUAUUCGUAAAAUGCAUGGUUGGUAAUUAGUAAAAGUGACUGCAUCGCUUCAUCAGGAUAAAAUAACUAGUUAAGUCGUUGUAAAUAUGAUUCUGUAUGUACGUUCAACAUUAACACGUUUCUUAAAAUGCAGACACAUCGGGUAUUCUCCUCUUCGGAUGUCUUCAAAGAUUCGAAUAGGCUGUGCGAGUGGAUUUUGGGGAGACACUGCGAUGUCAGUACCUGCUUUGGUUCAGCGUGGAAAACUAGAUUUUCUAGUUUUUGAUUAUUUGUCUGAAAUUACCAUGUCUCUUUUGGCUGCAGCAAAACAGAAAUCCCCAGACAUGGGUUACACUGCAGAUUUCAUUCACUCUGCCUUAGUUCCUAAUUUGAGGGAAAUUAAAGAAAAAAAUAUACGAAUUGUGAGUAAUGCUGGCGGAAUCAAUCCUCAUUCCUGCGCUGAAGCUCUAAGGACUGCAGCCAAGAAAUUAAACCUGGAUUUCAAGAUUGCAGUCAUUACUGGUGAUGAUUUAUUACCUCAGAAAGAAAUUAUUCAGAAGUUGGACAUAAAAGACAUGGAUAAAGGUUUUUCAUUUCCUCAAAAUAUUACAAGUAUGAAUGCAUAUUUGGGUGCUGGUCCAAUUGCAAAAGCAAUAGACAUGGGUGCUGAUAUAGUUAUCACUGGUCGUUGUGUAGACAGUGCUCUCGUACUUGGGCCUCUAGUUAGCAAGUUUAAGUGGAGUUUUCAAGAUCUGGACAAGAUUGCUAUGGGGAGCUUAGCUGGUCACUUGCUGGAAUGUGGAGCUCAAUCAACCGGUGGAAUUCAUACAGAUUGGCACUUAAUUAAAAACUGGCACAACAUGGGUUUCCCUAUUGCGGAAUGCUCCGACAAUGGAGAGUUCACGAUUUCCAAGCCACCCGACACCGGUGGCCUGGUGUCUGUGGGAACUGUGUCCGAACAGCUGGUGUACGAAAUCGGUGAUCCUGCAAAUUAUCCGCUGCCUGAUGUUUUGUGUGAUUUUACUGAUGUUAGACUGUCUCAAAUAUCUGAGGAUAAAGUUCUAGUUCAAGGUGCCAAAGGAAAAUGUCCUACUGAUUUUUAUAAAGUGAGUGCAACCUUUAGUGAUGGGUUUCGUGCAACUACUGUUUGCCCUGUUGUUGGCCCCAAAGCUGCUGAGAAAGGGUUUAUCACAGCGAAUUCUAUAUUAAAAAGGUCAGAAAAUGUGUUCAAAAGUUUGGGUCUUGAUGGUUUCAAACGAACUCAUAUAGAAGUGUUAGGUGCUGAACAAAAUUAUGGAAAAAAUUCUAUGAAUAAGGAAUCUCGGGAAGUUGUAAUGUGGAUUGCUGUUCAUCAUGACAAAAAAGAAGCCAUAUCUUUAUUCUCAAAAGAAAUUGCUGCUGCAGCUACUGGGGGAGCUCCUGGAUUUACAACCUUGAUUGGUGGAAGACCCAAAGCAUCUCCAAUACUAAAACUGUAUUCAUUUUUGUAUCCAAAAAAUAAACUGAAGAUUGAAAUUAGCUUUGAAGGAAAAAUUGAGUCUUUCAUUCCAGAAGUCGUUGAAAAGCAGGCUGAAAAGCAGCAAAACACAGUCGAAAAACCAUCCGUUCUGAAAGGCAGCAAAACCUAUAGACUUGGAGAACUUGCAUAUACUAGAAGUGGUGAUAAAGGGAACAAUUGCAAUAUAGGAGUCAUUGCGAGACAUCCAUCAUUUCUUCCUUAUCUAGAAGAUCAACUCACUCCAGAAAGUGUUGCAUCCUACUUCAAGCAUUUAUUUACCUGUGGUACUGAAACAGUUGAAAGGUACAAAUUACCAGGAAUAAAUGCAUUAAAUUUCUUACUGAAAGAAUCUCUGGGAGGCGGAGGAGUUGCUUCCCUAAGAAGUGAUCCACAAGGUAAGGCUUGUGCUCAAAUCAUGACAGAUUUCUUGUUACGUAACAUGCCCGAUAUUGAAGAUCUGAAGAACAACAAUUAAGUUUGUAAAUAUCAACUUUAUGUGUAUGUUAUUUGUUAAAUAAUUUUGUAAAGAGUUUGAUAAAGUAUUUUUCAAGUA